AUGGACUUCAAUGAUAUGCCUAAACCUGAUUUGAAAGUUCUAAAAGAAUUAGGAAACAGCUUAUGGCAACAAGAACAGCAGUACAAUGUAAAAGAAGAGGAAGCAGAACAUCAUCGUCUGUUCAACCAACUAAAUAAAGAACAAGAAAAAGUAUACAAGGCUGUUUUGGAAUCCAUCUACAACAAUAUGGGAAAACUAUUCUUCCUCUAUGGCCCUGGAGGAACUGGGAAGACAUUUGUCUACAAGACAAUCAUCUCCAAAUUAAGAUCCGAAAAACGGAUAGUCCUACCUGUUGCUUCAUCUGGCAUAGCAGCAUUGCUUCUCCCUGGGGGAAGGACAGCCCAUUCAAGGUUCAAGAUACCUCUUAUAGUUACUGAAGAUUCCAUCUGCGAUAUAAAGAAAGGUACAAUGCUUGCAGAGCUAUUAAUCAAAACUGACUUGAUCAUAUGGGACGAAGCACCAAUGUCUCAUCGCCACACAUUCGAGGCUCUGGACAGAACAUUGAGAGACUUGCUCUCCACAGAAGACUGUUUAGCGUGCGAAAAACCUUUUGGAGGAAAAACAGUGCUACUCGGCGGAGAUUUUAGGCAGAUUCUCCCGGUGAUACGACAUGGAACAAGAGCAGAUACGGUACUUGCAUCUAUAAGCCACUCAUAUGUAUGGAAUUCCUGUAAAGUAUUUAUGCUCGAAACAAACAUGAGACUACACCAUUCAGAAACAAGGUUCGAUGCUUGGCUUCUAACUAUUGGAAAUGGAACCGCACCAACAUUUGAAACAGAUGAUGGCAUUGAUGAAGAUGAUGGUGAAGUCGUACAAGUUCAUCAUUCGUUUUUUCUGAAACCAAAAGGACAUGAACUCCAACAAAUCAUUGAAGCAGCAUAUCCGCAACAACAAAGCUCCCACACCACCUUGCAAUAUUUGACAGAAAGAGCAAUCCUAACUCCAAGGAAUGAGUAUGUCGAUGAGAUAAAUGCCUACAUGUUAGCUCAAGUGUCGGGGGAAGUGAAAGAAUAUUUAAGCUCAGAUAGCAUAGGUAAAGCGGAUACAGUCGGAGAAGAUUAUGAAGCUCAAUACCCU